AUGUGGAGAUCUUUCUUAGCCGACAAUAGGUGCAGGCGGCAAGAAACUGGGGGCAUCGGCAGCAUGGUUGUUCCCGCAAGCAGUGGGGGCCUUGUUGAAUUUUUCUCUCUUGUGUACUCCGCCACAACUUCCUGGGAGCAUGUUAAACUGAGAAGUUCCCAGAAGCUGCAAGGUCAGCUGCAUGAUCGUCCCACAUAUGCCACUGCGGAUAUGGAACAGAGAAGACAGCUCUUGUUCGCCGUGGCACUGCUUAUAGCCGUGCCUCUCUCAGAAAAUUUUGAGGUCACCUCUCCCCAGAAUGUAGUGGGGGUUGUCGGCCAGGAUACAAUCUUUCCUUGCCACAUCACUUCCACAAAGCCACUGGACAACAUUGAAGUGCAAUGGAAGAAAAUCACAGAUGGGAAUGUAGAGGAUAUCCACAUAUACGGGCAGUUUGGUGGCAAACCAACGCAGAAAUACCGUGGGCGGACAUUGUUGCCAACAGAGGGAUUUGCCGCUGGGAACGUGUCCUUAACACUGAAGAACGUCCAGCCAGCAGAUGAAGGAAUAUACAGCUGCAUCGUGAGGUCCAGGGACUGGAGUGCUGAUACAGCCACCAUGCUCAGCAUUGCAGGUAUCAGUGAAGUAUUCUUUGAAAUACUGGGACCCCAAGGGCAAGGGCUUGAGCUCGCCUGCAGAUCGCAUGGAUGGUUCCCCAAACCUACUGUCCAGUGGGUUGCUCAGAACAAGCAGAGGCUGUCUCCGGACACUGCAAUACACCAGGACAGCAAGCAACUCUUCAGUGUGCUGAGUCGAGUCACAGUUCCAGGAGAGGAAGUGGGAGAAGUCACCUGUAAAAUCCUGAAUCCCCUGGUACAGACUGAGAAGAAAAUUACUGUAUGUCUCUCAA